CGUUGACAUCAUGCUAGCACGCAACAUUCUGUGACUCUUAAAAAAACAGUAAAACGGUGAGAAACGCUGGCAGCGAAGGCCGUUAGCGAUCAGGAAACGGCUGGCAGUGAAUGAGUUAACGAUAUUGUGUUAUGAUACCAAAGCAAAAUUUAAAAGCACUGUGUUUGUUUUCUAACGGAGAAUAUACAUGCCCUUAUUUACUGUGUUUCUUUUGUUUGGUAUAAUUCAAACUCCGACUGCUAGGUGGCAGCGGUUCUGACUGCUUUCAUUGUGACGGAACCACGAGAUCUCACGAUAACUCUGGAUGUGUCUUGGAAGUAGCCUGGCCUGCCAGACUCCUCCUCUGUUUAAUUCUGCACAGAGAAAGGGUCUGGCAACUCUCCUGUUCAAAUAACCCCACCUCGUGAGAAUUCUAACCGAGCCAAUCAACACUGAGUAGCAUACGACACACACCAUAACGCCGAGUUUGUCGAACAUGGCGACUGAAGCGGAGUUCGCUGCGGCUCUUUCCCCUGUUCUCAAUGACUUGGACACAACAAGUAGAAGCGCUAAAAGUCUUUCUUCUAAAGAAAGAUGUUUGCGCUGUCCCCAGACUCCAUUUUAACUACAGCUAAACAACUACAGGGUCCCGGACGUCACACACAGCGACGCUCAGUUCCUCAUAAACAAUAAAGACAGCAGCGGAGUUCGCUGCAGCUCUUUCCUCUGUUCUAAAUGACUUGAAUGUCUCUAAAACCACAAUUAGAGGCGCUAAAAGCCUUUCUUCUAAAAAGAAAUAAAAGAUGUUUGCACCGUUGUUAGACGCUGUUUUUUUUUUACUACAGCUAGAAAACUACAGCGCCGUGCGAUAUGGUCGGGAUUUCAGUCUUUUUUUCUGAUUGGUUACUUUUGAGCUGCCUAGUCCCGCCCCUCAUGCGCCUCUCUGCCUGUGAGUUACCAGACUCUCUUCUCUGUGCAGAUUUAAACAGAGGACGAGUCUAGCAGGCCAGGCUAUCUUGGAAGCAUCUGGCCUGAUAUUCCGAUUAAGUCCAGCCUCAAAUAUCUCAUGGCUUUCAGUAUCCUUUUUCUCCAACGUCACCUGAUCACAUGGGUCUGCCAUAUCAGAUGGCAAAGGCACAGUAAACAGUGAGCAAAACAAUGUUUAGUAUGGCUUCAUCUAGUUCAAGCCCAGUUCACUUGUGGGCCGACUUUGUCUGCUAGUUCUGCCAACUGCACAGCAGCUAUUACCAUUUUACUGUGAAAACAACUAAAUGAAAGCAAUAAAAGCCACAAACUGGUUUGUUUUGACUAGCUUCAAUGAAGUUUCAACAUGUGUGAACAGUCUUUUUACUGUCCGCCAUGUUUAAGGGGGUGGUCCCAUGAAGAGCAGCCUGAUGUCACGUGCAAAGGGUCAAUAUGUCGUACCGCCUCCCCUGUAACGUUAUACAAAUGGCAUCACCAGAUACUCGCACAUGUUAGAGGUUUGGAGACACCUUGAUUGGUUGUCACCCAGACAUUUAAAUAUUUCCAUCCAGUGAAAACUUGGGAUGACUGCAGGGUGGCUCAUUCCUCUCGAUGUGUGGCUCUACUUCCUCAUUACGAGAAACAGAUGGUGUUUCAUCACACAGACGUUCGGUAUCAGCUGAAAAGAAUGCACACCUCUCACUCGCUGGCUUCAGGAAGAGCUCCAGGAUGUCCAAGCGGCGCUCGUCAGAGAGGGGAGCUGGAGAGACGUCGAGGGCCAGCCAGCUGCAGUGUCCCGGGAUAAAUGGCAGUAAUGCCAAGAGAGCUGGCCCCUUCAUCCUUGGACCUCGCCUGGGCAACUCACCGGUGCCGAGCAUAGUUCAGUGUUUGGCCAGAAAAGACGGCACAGACGACUUCUAUCAGCUGAAAAUCCUCACGCUGGAAGAGCGAGCGGACUCUGCCGGGGAGACUCAGGAGGAGAGGCAGGGGAAGAUGCUGCUGCACACAGAAUACUCACUCCUUUCUCUACUGCACAACCAGGAUGGGGUGGUACACCACCAUGGCCUCUUCCAGGACCGAGCCUAUGAACUCGUGGAGGACACGGAGGCCCACAAAGUCCGCAAGAUGAAGAAACGGAUCUGCCUCGUACUCGACUGCCUGUGUGCUCACGAUUUCAGCGACAAGACGGCAGAUCUAAUAAACCUCCAGCACUAUGUCAUAAAGGAGAAGCGGCUGAGCGAGCGCGAGGCCAUUGUCAUCUUCUACGAUGUGGUGCGUGUGGUGGAAGCCCUUCAUAAGAAAAACGUUGUGCACAGAGACCUCAAGCUGGGAAACAUGGUGCUGAACAAACGGACUCAUCGCAUCACCAUCACUAAUUUCUGUCUGGGGAAGCAUCUGGUGAGUGAGGACGACCUGCUGAAAGACCAGCGAGGGAGUCCCGCCUACAUUAGCCCUGAUGUAUUAAGUGGUCGUCCGUACCAUGGCAAACCCAGUGACAUGUGGGCGCUCGGCGUGGUCCUGUUCACCAUGCUGUACGGCCAGUUUCCUUUUUAUGACAGCAUACCUCAAGAGCUCUUCCGGAAGAUCAAAGCUGCAGAGUACUCUAUCCCCGAAGACGGCCGUGUGUCAGAGAACACGGUGUGCCUCAUCCGAAAGCUGCUGGUGCUGGACCCUCAGCAGAGACUGACUGCAGGAGAAGUGCUGGAGUCGCUCAGCGCCAUCAUCGCCUCGUGGCAGUCCAUUUCAUCGAUGAGCGGCCCUCUGCAGGUGGUUCCAGAUAUCGAUGAUCAGCUUAAUCACCCAGAACAUCUACAAGAGGCCAAGGCGAUUGAAGAGUCUUCACAGUACGAGUUUGAGAACUACAUGCGCCAGCAGCUGCUGCUGGCGGAGGAGAAGAACACUUGCCACGACGCCAAGAGCUUUCUCAGCAACCGGCAGUUUGGCAGCAUCCCACCUGUUAGACGUCUGGGCCACGACGCCCAACCCGUCAGUCCGCUAGAUGCUGCCAUCCUCGCCCAGCGGUUCCUCCGGAAAUAGCCCAUGGUCGCCCACUCCAGAGAGCAAAGACACCUGCAGAGACCAGAACGGACUCCGAAGAGAGAGCCCUGGGACUGAGCUGGCACUCGAGGCCCCGCCGGAGCUCGCAGAGCAGAAAAGACUCGUAUUCGUGGAUUCUGCAAGCCAGGCAAAGCAGAUGGAAGGUGGGCACCAAAACACAUUUCCAACUCCGAGCUUCUGCCUGUCUGGAUUCCCUCUCGAACGUUCAAAGACCAGGAUGGAACUCUGAGCCAAAGGUUCCUUGCCCUCAGGUCGCCAACAGUCACUGUGCAACAAGUCGGUUGGCUCAGUCACGCGUGGCGCCGACGCGCGGCUGUGCCUGUAGUGUUAAAGAAACUCCUCCUCCUCCCACCAGAUCUCCUUGUUGCAACACGUCCCUCUCAAUUCUGGAUCACCAGAGCAAUACAGGUCCAGAAUCAUGUAGCACCCAUCCCCACCUUCCCAUCGUGGUUUGGUAUUGCCUCAAGUCGGAUCACUUAUGUAUACCUCCAGUCUACCUUCCUCCUCUAAGUCGUUACUGUUCUGUCCACCACUCUGACUUCAAAUCAAUCUACCUCUUUGUCUGUCCUCUCUGUCGGUAACCCGCGCUCGCCGUUCUGAGACGAGGGAUUGUAACAAACCAGUCUUGUCGCAGUGAAAUUGUCGUGAAACCUUUUCAGUGGUUUCUAAAGAUUUUUGAAUAAGCUUUGUUUCAUUUACCUUGAAUGAGUAGCAUUUUGUGUCUUUAUCGUUGAAGAAAACCUGAAAGUCGUUUGUGCGUUGUCCUGCUUCUGCUCGCCUCCGUGGAGAUCUGUCCUAGGCAGCUAGUGUAGGGUUCCUGGGAGUCACAAUGCCAAGAACUGAAUGAGGCCAAAGCGUUCCUGACGCUAACUCUUCCUCAGUGUCGCCACACGGCACUGGCAUGUUUCCAUUGCCAGAAAAAAAAAACAAAAUCUUUUCUCAGCCAAGGAAAACGGUACUCCCGACUCAUUUAGAACAUGGCUUCCAGGUAGCUUCCCUGUUUCCCCCUCAUUCCUAACAACUGUGGAAAAAGUGGUUUUUAUUGGGGUGAAUGCGAACCACCGUUCCACUUCCAUACCCGUGUGUUGAGCUGUUGAACCCCUCAACCCUUUCUGCGACCCUCCUACAAUCAUGGUGUUCUGGUAUUCGGCCUGCCUCUGCGGCAGACACUGUGAAAACCCGAACAGGGCCUGGCUGAAUGUUUUUGGGAAUACCACGAAUGCUUUAGGAUUGGAAAAGAUCCCGUACGCCCCACGUUCCCACUCCGAAGCCCCACUCGUGCUCAUCCUGCUUGUCCUAUCGCACCAUAAGGCUCUUGUGAGGCUUUAGUGGCCGGUGAUCAGUACUGUAACGUUUCGUAGGUAAAUGAAAACACAACUCAUCGAUUUUUAACUACUUCUGGGUUCGUUUGGCUUUUGUUUAUUUAUUUUUGGACAAAUUCUGUUUUUAUUCUUUUAAACCCCGUCGAAGCAACUUCUCAGUGACUGUUAGACAUUUGUGCUCUGCUUCUUGCCUUUGCAUAUUGGUACCCGCUUUAGGCUUUCUGCUUCCUGUUUCCACUCAAACUGAUUGCAUGAACACAGCCUCUGAUUAUUUUGCUGAAAUGUCUUUAUUGUGUUGAUUUAUUUAUUCACUUGUGUAAAACGUUCCCCCUGAAACCACUGGUGCUUGGAUCACAGACAUUGAUUGUAAACCAUCAAAAAGUUUCUUUCAGCGUUAACUUAAGACGAAGAAACAAGCCCGACGUCUCCUUUUCUCAGCUUUAAGAAGCGUUCGCUCACACAGCGGUUCCACCAAGGCCAUCACAAGCUUUGUUUUUUUUUCAUUAAACAGUAGCAUUUGUGUUUGUUUUCAUUACUAAAUUGUUUUCUUGCCAUUUUUUGUGGUAAACUUAAGCUACACUAAUAACAAGACUGACUUUUGCAUAGUUCUAUUUUUGAAAUAAAUAAAAUCAUUAUCUCGAUUCAUGAGGGGGUGUUUUUCUGCCAUUUCCCCUAAAUUUCUACUCAAGGCUGCGCUUUGUGGUCAGUAUGUAAAUAGAUAAUGCACCAUCGUGACUGUCAUGGCGGUCAUUGUAUGUACAGCAGCUCCACCCGGUAACUUGGCACCUCUGCAUGCAACACGUCAGGCCGUCAAACAUCACACCUGGAGGCUAACGAUAGUAAAGAGAGCCGCUGGCUUUCUCCCAUCUCAAUGUGAAUCCCAUGGGUAUGCAGCAGUAUUGUAGUGGUCUAGGUAGUUUGUGAUUAAAGGUUGCUUCGAGUGUCUUCCACCAUCUCCCACGAGACACGAUGAGUAUGCUCUCUCCCUGAUCCCUAAAGGGUUUUGCCCUCUAGCUGGUGGUUCUCACCACGUCCCAUGUUUGUUUUUACGGAGUUGUGAACUGCAUCGUGGACUCAAAUCAAUAGAAAUACAGGUGAAACUCCAAAAAUCAGAAUAUUGUGCAAAAGUCCGUUUAUUUCAGUCAUUUGUCUUCGACUGAGAGACCAUCUAAAGGCUCAGGAACCCUUUGCAGGUGUUUUGGAUUCAUUAGCUGGUUAGGAUGUGACACUUUGAGUCUAGAAUAUUUAACCAUUUCACAAUGUUCUAAUUGUCUGAUUUAGAUUUGGGGGUUUUCAUAAUCAUCACAAUUAUAACAAGUAAAGGCUUGAAAUAUCUGGAUUUGCAUGGAAUGGGUCUAUCUUAAAUAUGAGUUUCACCUUUUAAGGAACGAACAUUUUCACCGUAUUCUCGUAUUUUGAAUUUCACCUGUAGUUGAACUCUGUCAAACAAGUUACUUUUGCACGAUUUGGAACUUGUGAGGUAUGUUGGAGAAACGGAAAGUAAUAAAAUCAGAAAGAUCUUCCCCCAGCUGUUCAAAUACUACAAAUGAGUCAAUGUUGACCUUUCCGGCUGUAAUCUGGUGUAGGAUGGGUGUUUUGUUCUUUUUGAUCCCAUGGGAGAAUGUGUUGUAAGCUGCUUGGUUGGAUAUGGGCAUCUGUAUACAGAAAACUGAAUAAUUGUACAGAUAAACACAUUUGUAUAAAAAUAUUUUUCUACAUCAGAUCUCUACUUGCAUGUCAGCAAUAAACUUUGAUAUGGAAACAUUCA